UUACCCCUCCAACUCUGAGAGUGAAUGUAUCUACCACUAAUGGCAAUGCUUAUCCAGUUAAUGACACCGUUGUGUCCCUCCAUUGUGACGCUGGGGGCCAGAAUGUGGUUAAAUACACUUUUUACCAAGAUGGAGUGACUGCCUGCUCCCAGCCCCAUGUGACCUGUGACAAAGACUUCCUGUACUUCCAGCCAAUCAUGAUGAGAGACACCGGGACAUACACCUGUAAAAUAGAGAACCCUGUCAGCAGUAACACCAGCCAGCCCCUCAGUCUAACAGUCACAGCACGUGUACCUGGGGUGGCACUGAGCAGUAAUGCAUCUUCUGUGCCGCUGUGUCCUGGGAAGGAUUCAGUGAGACUCACAUGUUCAGCUCUUGGCACUAAUGUCACCUUCUCCUGGCACCUGGAUGGGGCACCAUUACCCACAAACCCCAGGUAUCACUUAAUGAAUUCCAACUCCAGCCUCAUUAUCAGCCCUGUGGAGAGAACAGACAAUGGACCCUUUACCUGCACUGCCUCUAACAGUCUGAAUAGUGAGACCAGCAGCCCCCUGACUCUCAGCCUUGCCUGUUCUCCUGAUGGAAAAGUUCAGUGUAAUGUAGUAAAAUUGGAUCAGACAGUGAGACUGAGCUGUUCUUGGCCCGGAGGCAACCCUGCGGCAACUGUUACCCUGAUGUUUGAGAAUAACAGACACACAGCACAGGAUACAGUGAUUACGGAUGUACCCCUUAAUGCCAUCUCUUCUGGGGCAGAACUGGCCUGCUUGGGUACACAAGAGGGACAGAUUAGUGUCAGCACAAUGAUCUUAGGAACUCCAUUCGGGUCACACAGUAACUCUGUCUCUUCAGUGAAGAAAGGAGAAAAUGUCACCAUGUCUGUCAGCUUAGCCUGGAGCAGAACUGUUUCUCCCAGAAUUCAGGCACUUCCUGCAACAUUCUCCUGGUUCCAUCUUAACCCUGAGCAAUCGCUUUUAACCAAUGGAGGAAAGAUCUCAGUCAAUUCCAGUCAUUAUAAAUCAGAGCUGGUGAUAUCUUCAGUGACUGCCAGUGAAAGUGGAAUUUAUGAAUGCGAAGCUGAAAAUGUUAUGGGAAAAUCAACUUUCCUCUUUGAACUAAGUGUGACAGGUAUACUAUAGAAUAUUGGUGCAUAU